GAAGAACUUACAAAUACUACCAAUUCGAACCAAACACUGUGUCCUCGUUCUCUUCUUUGCUUCCGUUUGUCUGGGGGAAUGGAUACUCGACCGCUGAAUUCUCCCCGCGCCCAUCUCGUCGACAUUCACGAAGUCCUCCAGGAAGAAGAAGCGGAACAAUCGACUGCAGGAACAGCUGCAAAUGCAGAACACAAGCCCGAUGGCAACAAGCGCGCCAGCCGAGCAGCAAAGCUCCGAGACUCGAGGAGGCAACAGCGGACUUUAAGCAGGCAAAUCUCGCUGGAAACGGGGUUCUCGGUGCUCAACAGAGAGAAGCGCAACGACCCCAACAAUGGAGGCGGCGGCCAGAGGAAGGUGCUCUCGAGGAGCGGGGUGAGCUUCGGGGGCUUCGACUCCGCGAUGAAAGGAGCAGGCGGCGGCAUGGAGGGAGGAAUGAGGAAGGCGGACUAUAGCUUGUUCAGGACGAAAAGCGCGCUGAGCAAGCAGAACUCACUGAUGAAGUCGAGGAAGGAGAGAGAGGCGUUGGCAUCGGCCGUGGACGAGCAUAUGCAGAAAACCCAGGGUUUUGUGGAGAAUAGGGAAGACGAGUCGGUGAACAAGAGUGUGCCUGCUGGGAGGUAUUUCGCUGCUCUUAGAGGACCUGAGCUUGAUGAAGUCAAGGACUUUGAAGACAUCCUCCUCCCAAAGGACCAACCUUGGCCCUUCCUCCUCCGCUUCCCCAUCGGUUGCUUUGGUAUCUGCCUCGGCCUUAGCAGCCAAGCCGUCUUGUGGCGGUCCCUCGCCACAAGCCCCGCCACUCAGUUCCUCCACAUCUCGCCCUUCAUCAACCUCUCGCUCUGGCUUCUCGCCCUUGCCGUCCUAUUCUCCGUGACCGUAACCUACCUCCUCAAGUCCAUCUUCUACUUUGAAGCCGUCCGCCGGGAAUACUUCCACCCGGUCCGCAUCAACUUCUUCUUCGCCCCUUGGGUGGUCUGCAUGUUCCUAGUCAUCGGGGCACCGCCUGUCCUAUUUACCAAACCGCCCCAUCCCGCAAUAUGGUGCACAUUCAUGGCCCCUUAUUUCUUCCUUGAGCUCAAAAUUUACGGGCAAUGGCUAUCUGGGGGGAAGCGGCGGCUUUGCAAGGUCGCAAACCCUUCCUCGCAUCUCUCGGUGGUCGGGAACUUCGUGGGGGCGAUCUUGGCAGCAAAGGUCGGGUGGAAGGAGCCCGCCAAGUUCUUUUGGGCGGUCGGGUUCGCGCAUUAUCUGGUGCUUUUCGUGACAUUGUACCAGAGGUUGCCUACAAGUGAGGCUUUGCCUAAGGAGCUGCACCCCGUUUAUUCCAUGUUCAUCGCGGCUCCUUCAGCUGCAAGUAUUGCUUGGGAUGCCAUUUAUGACGAGUUCGAUGGCUUGUCCAGGACUUGCUACUUCAUUGCCUUGUUCCUCUAUGCGUCACUGGUGGUGCGGAUCAACUUCUUCACGGGGUUUAGAUUCUCUGUGGCAUGGUGGUCUUACACAUUCCCAAUGACGACAGCGUCGGUGGCAACAAUCAAGUACGCAGAGCAUGUCCCUUGCACCAUGAGCAAAGGCCUCGCGCUCGCCCUUUCGUUCACGUCGUCAACGAUGGUUGCCCUACUGUUUGUGUCAACGCUCCUCCAUGCCUUUGUUUGGCACACGCUGUUCCCCAACGAUCUCGCCAUUGCAAUAACCAAGAAGAGGCACGGUGGCAAGGAGAGGAAGCCCAUCAAGCGAGCCUACGACAUAAGGCGAUGGGCGAAGCAGAGCACCCUGCCCUUCGCCUCGAUCAUACGGAAGCAGAGCUCGGGAAGCAAGGACGAAAACGAAGCGGAGUAGAACUUCGAAUUUCGCAGGGAAUUCGAAUUUCAAAAUAGAGAGAGCGAAGGGACUUCAAAUUUUGAUAUGAAAGUUGGUGUCGCACUGAAUAGUACGAAGAUGUUAGAUAAAGAGAACUCGAUAAAGAGAACUCUCUAAGUUCAGGUUCUGAAUGAAUGAAUGAGACUUAUACC